AUGAUGGAGGGGCCGCCGCAGCUUCCGCCUGAACUUUGGGUGUAUGUGUUCAGCUACCUUAGCACGGAGGAAAAACACACCGUUCGCACCUGCUGCAGACACCUUAAGAAGCUCGUGGACCACCCCUCUCUUUGGAGGGACGACACGGUGGUGCUGUCUGAACUCCGCCGCUACACCUACGGCUACUGGGACACCUUGAGCCGCCGUAAACUGACUCGGGUGGCGGUGCGACACCUGAGACGUAAAGAAUGGCGGCGCCUCAUUAAGUUCCUUCCGUCACUCACGGCUAUUGUAUUUGUCGACGGGGGUCGCCAGUACAAAGAAAAGUAUUUGGACAACCUGUCUCGGUUCCCUGAGCUGCGAGACCUCGGAGUACGUAACGCUACCUGGGACGAAUCCAUGCUGGGGCUUACUCUUAUUGAGUAUCUUCGGGAACGACUGACCCACCUGAGCGUUUGCAACGUCCGGCUGCCCAGUACGUUAGAGUUCAUCAACACGGUGUCCCGUCUGGUCAAUCUGCGGUACCUGCUCUUCCAUCAGCAGGGUGAAGGCUACGGGCUGGACACCGUGAGACCGGUUCCCUGUAACAUCUUUCACAACAUGCUGCUGAAUCUUAAAAAACUCAAACACCUAUCGUGGGGGAUGAAGGGAGAACCCCCGGAACCGCUUCCCGAGGACUAUCUCACCCCCUCGGACCCGGACCGGCCAGGUGCUUCUUCAUACGGUGGCCCGUCUUUGAUGAGUCUGGAGCUUGUGGAUUACCCAGAAACAACUCUUCCUGAAAACGCACUGAGGAGUCUGACAACACUCAGGUCACUAACGGUCCGCUACAGGUAUAUCAGAGAAGGCAUCGAGUGUCGCCUCAGAUCCUGGCUGAAUCCCUUGAGACAGCUGGAAUCACUCACGAUAAUAGGAGGAAACUCUCUUGCUACAUAUACGACCACUAUUCCCUCCAGUGUGACGAGGCUGACGCUAAGAGUGGCCAUAACCCUGAAAGACAUGGACUCAAUUGCGCCAAAAGUUCCAGGACUAGAGCACUUGGACAUAGAACAAAACCGCUCCAGUGGGAGCCUUUGUAGACGAAUCCCCAUGCUAUUUCCUCAACUCAAAACUCUUAGGAUACGAUUUUUCCGCAGGGAACCGGAGAAAGACCUACUGAGCCUUCACAAGCUUCGACAUCUGGUGCAGCUGGAGCUGCUGGUGGAGCGAUCGUUCAUCCUAAGAGAUUACCUCAAUGGUCAUCCCUGGCCCAGCCCCUGCGUUCAGGAGCUCAUCAAUGAGCUCCGGGAGCUGUCCGAGAACAGAAUCACAGUCAUAACCACAAUGCGACAGAGAAACCCUCUACGAGAAUGUGACUGUAUGUGGGAGGGAGACUGA